AUGUAUCAGAACACGACAGAUGCUCUCGGAUACAUAGUGGCGAGGAACGGCUAUGCCGCUAGCGACUUCUUCUACAUCCCAACGACACAGAUUGACUUCUUCGCUGAUCUGAUGCAAAUAUUCUUCGAAGCGGGAGUAUUCAAAGGCAUAGCCGUACUCAAAUUUCUCGCUGCCGUUGAGCACAUUGUGCCACCGCGGACAAAAGUAAAGCUCAUUCCACGUAGAAACCUGAGCGAUUUCUCAUACUUCUAUCAUAGAGAUCUCAUCAUGUUGCAUCCACUGAAACAAAGUUACUUGAGAGAUGCCAGUUUCAAACAAAGGUACUGCACCUCAGUGAUACGAACAUUCAGAGAGAUGCUUCUGACAGUACCAUGA